GCCGGUUCGUUCGACCGCAAGACGUUUUCAGAACAGCCCAUUCAUCACAAGACUGACAACCUCGACUCGUGCCACAGCAUGCCGGCACAUUGCGUCGUAGCUGGUUCUUGAGAUUGGGCGUGGAAUCUAAGAUUGGCAAGGUACAGGGAAUUACGAGCUGAUGACCAUGGCCGCGAGGUUGUCAAACCUUCCCGACCUUCGACUACUACAUCUGGCUGGACGAGACUCUGCCGACGCUCUUGCUCAGUCCUGCAUCGAUUUGGACGGCGUAAUAGCUCCAACCACACGUUUGUACAUAUUUGAUACCGGGGCUAUGUUAUGGGUCAAUCGAUGGAGUUCACAGUUCCGGCUGGCUACUAUCCUCCAUUCGCUAUAAUCACAAAGGAUGACCACGGCGGCUUGAUCAUUAUUGCGACCGCAUUGGGUCUUGCCCUUGCUUUGCUAUCGAUCGCGAUCAGGGUCUACGUGAAAUGGAUGUCAAGUCAGCGCGCAGGCAUAGACGAUCUCUUGCUUGCUGUUGGAGCGAUGUUCGCAUUCAUCCAAGAAAGUGUAAUACUUGCGGCUUGUGCUAGAGGACUGGGUCGAUCGAUGAGCUUGCUUGACCUAAGCAGUAUACGAUAUAUUGAAAAGUCAUUUUACACAAGCCAGCUCUUCACGAUUCUCGCACUGAGCCUCUGCAAAUGUUCGAUCGCCACCUUCAUCAUAAGAUUAACGCCGCAAACCUUGAU